GAGGCCGCCCCGAAGCGCCACCGCGGGUCCCCAGCGUCGUGGCGUCCCGCUUGCCAGUGACCCUGAUGGCGGCCCCGGCGGCGCGGGGGAAGGCCCGGCGGGCGAGAGGCUCCCCCGCCCAGAUUGCCCGGCGCGGCUGAUGGUGAUGUGAUCAGUGUAGCCCAGCUCAUCUCGCCCUAGCAGCCGUUCUCCCCUGAGGAGCAGUCCCCUGUUGCUGGACAUGCGUAUAGAACCACAUAGCCAUGGACCUCAAGGAGAAGUGUCAGGAUGAGAUGACCUCGAGUUUGGGCCUUACCACAAAGAAAGCUCUCACGAUCCUGAGAGACCAGUUGUCAGCACUGCUGGAGGGGCAUCAGAAGGAACGGAAAAAAGUGACUUCAUGGAAGGAGGUGUGGAGGAGCAGUUUUCUGUACCAUGGUAACCGCUGCUCCUGUUUCCACUGGCCUGGUGCAUCUCUGAUGCUUCUGGCAGUGCUGUUGCUGCUGUGCUGCUACGGGAGCCAGCCCCAGGGAAGCCAAGGUGCUGAGAUAGUUAAUGCACUGGCGCUGUUCCUCCUUCUCCUCUUGGAUCUCUUCAUGAUCGGGCGUCAAGAGAGGCUGAAGUGCAGAGAGGUGGAGAGGAGACUUCAGACAAUCAUUGAGAAGAUAAAUGAUACACUUGGCAAAGAGGUGAAAUGGCCAGACUCCAUGUACCCUGACCUUCACAUGCCUUAUGCCCCAUCCUGGUCCCUUCACUGGGCCUACAGGGAUGGUCAUCUCGUCAACCUGCCUGUGAACCUGUUAGUAGAAGGAGAUGUCAUCGCUUUGAGGCCAGGCCAGGAGUCAUUUGCUUCUCUGAGAGGGAUUAAGGACGAUGAGCACAUAGUUCUGGAGCCAGGAGAUCUGUUUCCACCUUUCUCACCUCCGCCCUCCCCCAGGGGAGAAGUGAAGAAGGGACCUCAGAACCCUCAGCUGUAUCGUCUCUUCCGUGUCUUGAAGACCCCGAUAAUUGAUAAUGUCAGGUGGUGUCUGGAAAUGGCUUUGUCACGUCCUGUGACAGCCCUGGAUAAUGAGAGAUUCACUGUACAGUCAGUGAUGCUGAAAUACGCAGUCCCUGUUGUACUGGCUGGCUUUCUGAUCACCAAUGCUGUGCGCUUCAUUUUCAAAGCUCCUGGAAUUGCUUCUUGGCAGUACAGUCUUCUUCAGCUACAGGUGAAUGGUGUCCUACCCAUCCUUCCAUUGCUCUUCCCUGUCCUGUGGGUUCUUGCUACAGCCUUUGGAGAAGCCAGAGUCUUGGCCCAGAUGAGCAAGGCCUCAUCCACCUCACUGCUUGCUAAGUUUUCAGAGGACACUCUCAGCAGCUACACAGAGAUGGUAUCUUCUCAGGAAAUGAUACGCUGUAUCUGGAGCCACUUCCUCUGUGUUUUAAAAGGCAAAUCCCCAACUCUGAGCUUCACUUCCAGCUUGCUCCACAGUCUGGGAUCUGUCACUGUGCUCUGCUGUGUAGACAAGCAGGGGAUUCUUUCCUGGCCAAACCCCAGCCCAGAGACGGUUCUGUUCUUCAGUGGGAAAGUGGAGCCACCUCACGAUAGCCACGAGGAUCUGACUGAUGAGCUCUCUACACGGUCUUUCUGCCAUCCUGAGAUGGAAGAUGAGCCCCACGAAAGAGACGCUUUGCUCUCUGGCCCCCUGGCAGACACAGUCCACAUGACGAAUGAGCAGGAGAGGAACAACUGGUCUACUGAUGCUCCAAAGGUUCCUGAUGCCCAUGCCCACCGAAAGCCAAACAGCAGAAGCAAACAUCCCUCUGGAUCCAAUGUGAGCUUCAGCAAGGACACAGAGGGUGGAGAGGAGGAACAUGCUCAGGUUGUCGCUGACAGCGAGGUGUUGGCUUGUGAGGCUGAAGACUUUGUGUGUGACUACCACCUGGAGAUGCUUAGCCUGUCCCAAGACCAGCAAAACCCCUCCUGCAUCCAGUUUGAUGACUCCAACUGGCAGAUGCACUUGAAUUCCCUCAAGCCUCUGGGCCUGAACGUGCUGCUCAAUCUCUGCAACGCCAGCGUGACAGAACGUCUGUGCCGCUUCUCUGACCACCUCUGCAACAUUGCCCUCCAGGAAACUCACAACGCCGUGCUGCCUGUCCAUGUGCCCUGGGGCCUCUGUGAGCUUGCCAGGCUAAUAGGUUUCACACCAGGUGCUAAAGAUCUGUUCAAGCAGGAGAACUAUUUGGCCUUGUACCGCUUGCCAAGUGAUGAGAUGGUUAAGGAAACAAUCCUGGGGAAGCUUUCAUCAAUCACCAAGAGGAGACCACCCCUGAGCCACAUGAUUAACCUCUUCGUGAAGGACACCACGACCAGCACUGAGCAGAUGUUUUCUCAUGGGACAGCUGACAUCAUCCUCGAGGCCUGCACAGAUUUUUGGGACGGUACCGAUAUCUACCCCCUCUCUGGCUCUGACAGGAAGAAGGUGUUAGAUUUCUACCAGCGCGCCUGCCUCUCAGGAUACUGCUCUGCCUUUGCAUACAAGCCAAUGCAUUGUGCCUUGUCCUCCCAGCUCAAUGGCAAGUGCAUAGAACUGGUGCAGGUCCCUGGGCAGAGCGCGAUCUUCACAUGCUGUGAUCUCCCCGGAACCACCCCCAUCAAACAGAGCAGUCGGAGGAAUAGCUGGAGCUCAGAUGAAGGGAUUGGGGAAGUGAUGGAGAAAGAAGACUGUAUCCAGGCUCUGAGCGGACAGAUCUUCAUGGGAAUGGUCUCAUCCCAGUAUCAGGCCCGUCUCGACAUUGUCCGCCUCAUUGAUGGACUGGUCAAUGCCUGCAUUCGUUUUGUCUACUUCUCCCUAGAAGAUGAGCUCAAAAGCAAGGUGUUUGCUGAGAAGAUGGGUCUUGAGACUGGCUGGAAUUGCCACAUAUCUUUAACGCCCAACGGUGAUGUGCCUGGCUCAGAGAUCCCUCCCUCUAGCCCCAGCCACGCCGGCUCUCUGCACGAUGACCUACAUCAGGUUUCUCGAGAUGAUGUGGAGGGGCUUCUGCUGAUGGAAGAGGAAGGGCACUCAGAUCUCAUCAGCUUUCAGCCAACAGACAGCGAUAUCCCCAGUUUCCUGGAGGACUGUAACAGGGCCAAACUCCCACGGGGGAUCCACCAGGUGAGACCUCACCUGCAGAACAUUGACAAUGUGCCUUUGCUGGUGCCCCUCUUCACAGACUGCACUCCGGAGACCAUGUGUGAGAUGAUCAAGAUCAUGCAGGAGUACGGGGAGGUGACUUGCUGUCUGGGAAGCUCUGCCAACCUGCGGAACAGCUGCCUCUUCCUGCAGAGUGAUAUCAGUAUAGCACUGGACCCUCUCUACCCAUCUCGCUGCUCCUGGGAGACUUUUGGCUACACCACCAGCACGACCAUGACACACGUCUCUGAUGAGCUCACCCCACUGCAGCUCUCAGGGCAGCUCAACAGCCUGCCUUGUUCCAUGUCCUUCCGCCAAGAGGAGAGUACCAGCAUCAUCAGGCUGAUAGAGCAGGCCAGGCAUGCAACGUAUGGGAUCCGCAAGUGUUUCCUCUUCCUGCUGCAGUGCCAGCUGACCUUGGUUGUCAUUCAGUUCCUCUCUUGCCUGGUGCAGCUGCCCCCCAUCCUCAGCACCACAGAUAUCGUGUGGCUCUCCUGUUUCUGCUACCCACUGCUCAGCAUCUCACUCCUGGGCAAGCCUCCCCACAGCUCCAUCAUGACCAUGGCAACAGGAAAAAACUUGACUUCCAUUCCUAAGAAGACUCAGCAUUACUUCCUGUUCUGCUUCCUGCUGAAAUUCAGCCUGACCAUCUGCUCCUGUCUCAUCUGCUUUGGGUUCACACUGCACGAGUCCUGCAAAGAGGUGAACGCUACCAGCCUCAAUCUCACAGCCUGCUCCUCCAUCAUGCUGCACAGUAAUGCUGAUGGUGCUCCUGACUGGUUUGGGACAUUUUCCAAUGCUCUUCUUGUAGCCCAGAAGCUCACAGCUGGCCUGAUUGUUUUACACACAGUGUUCAUAUCCAUCACCCACGUCCAUCGCACCAAGCCGUUGUGGAAGAAGAGCCCCCUCUCCAACCGGUGGUGGACACUCACUGUGGCUGUUGUGUUGCUGGGGCAAGUGGCACAGACUGUCCUGGACCUGAAACUCUGGGAAAACCUCAAUUCCUCAUUGACCUUUAACCACGUUUCCAUCUCUCCGGUCUCAUGGCUCCUGGGUUUUCUUUCCUUGGUCCUUGUGGUUAUCAUCAAUGAGAUUGUCAAGCUGCACGAAAUCAGGGUCCGGGUCCGUUACCAAAAGCGACAGAAGUUGCAGUUUGAAACAAAGCUGGGGAUGAAUUCACCGUUUUAAACCCUCCCAGCUCGAGUUCCCUGGAGCCAGGGCCACAGAGCUGUACGCUGCACUGGGAAAGUGGCUGCACCAAUGCCUCGGGGAGUUUUCCCUCGCACAUGCAAGCCAGGCAGUCUCCUUGCAAAACUCCAUCAACACCUUCCAGGGGGCGGCAGGCAGGGCGCUGCUGUCAGGAUCCCCCAGCAGGUAUGCAGCCCCUCCCCAGCCUGCUAGGGUGCUCUCAAGAGAGCCUGCAAGCUCUGGAGGCUGUUCAGGCUGCUCUUCCUUUAUUUAUUUGUUACUAAAGGCUUUUGUUAGGAUAAUGGUGACACUGAAAUGAAGUGACUCCUUCCCUCUGUGUGAGCAGAUGGGUUUGCAGGACCUGACAGGAGAAUCCAGGCCAGCAGGGGAGACAUGGGGCUUCUGAAACAAGAGAUUUAAACCCAUUUUGUUUUUCCAUCUCUGCACAUUCUCCUGGAUGAUGCAUGUGUGUGCCUGCCCUCACCUACCUCCCUGUGUCCUGGGGGGAAGGAGCCAUCUCUUCUGGAUGCCAGACCAAGGCUGGACCAGACCUGCCCUCUAGCGUUGUUGCUUCCACCAUAUGCCAGCUGUUGAGAGCUUCAAGAGAAGAGGGAUGAGACAGGGUUUUAAGAAAAGCUGUCCGUGUUUGACCCGAGGGAUCUGGUGCAGAGCGAGGGCAGCUCUGCCUGCUGGGAGUCAGCACGGCUCAGCUUCCUCCUGCCCUGUUGAACCAGCUCUUAUCUGCUUUGACAACCCCCAAAGAGGUUUAUAACUGUCCUCCUUUUUGUGAUUCGAAUUGCUGUUCCGCUUCAGUAAAAUGCCUGUUUGAGAGGGGCAUAGCUAGAGAUAAACCCUGAGACCUGCCUAUCCUGCUGUGGAUGGAGGGGGAAGUCUGUGCAGGCGGGAUAUCUGUGUCUUGCAGCUGUGACUAACACAGAGCUGGACAGCGGCUCCUUCCCCAGCUCUGGGAUUGUGCUGCAUCCACUACUUGCUCUCCAAGGCACAGGGAAACCCCCCUCAUCAUAUCUUUCUGUGAUAGUGUUUGGAAGUCUCUCUCAUCCAUGUUGCUGCUUUCACGUCUGUUCCCUGUUUUACUGGAGGUCUCUUCUUCGUUUUGGUGGGGGACGCCUUCCCCUGAGAGCUGCUGCAAACUGUGAUUUGCCCCAGUGCGGCACAUGUGCUCUCGAGCUUUGAACAGCCCCCUGCUGCACUGGGAACACUGGUGCCGCUGUGGGCUGACGGUCAGGGGCCACACAGGAGCACACGGGCUUGGAUACCGGAAUAUUUGCAGCUCAUGGAGAUGCUGACUCCCUGCUUAGUUCUAAAAACUGGCCAAAGCAGGUAAAUCCUGGCACUAUUUUUGCUCCCAAUAUUAACACACUACAAUAUAGGGCUCUUACUUCCCCUUUGGCCCCCUAGACUAACAAAGGGGUGCUGGUCCUUCCGUGGCAGGCAGGGAGCUGGCUGGGACCCCCAGCUCUGCCCUGCUGCUCCACCUCGUCUUCCUCACGUUUCAGCAGAACCGGAGCACGCACAGUCCUGUGUGUCUGAGCAAUACCCUGCUCCUGCUGUGGCUCUGGCAGGAGAGCAAAGCGGGGGCAGCUCACAGGGGGUUCUAAUCUCCGCUGUGGCCAAGCCGAGCUGGAGGCAGAGGCAGCACCGAGCUGCUCGCAGCUCUUCCUGCAGAGGAACCUUCCCCCAGCCCUCAGCUCUUGCCAUUAACUGUGGUAGGUAACAAAAGGCAGCAGAUACCGGGGCUUCCUGCUGGUUGCACCUUCCUCUGGAGGAGGCACCUCCAAGGUUUCCUUCUCCAGGCGAUCACAAAUCGUUAUUUUCCUGCACCCUCCUUCCCCUGAUAAGCUUGGAGGGAGCCAAGGCGGACAAAUGAGCCUUUGGAUGGUGUUGCCAAUGCCACCCUUCCCUCGGCCACUGAGGUGUCCAAGGGUCAGCAUGCACGGCUUCAGAGAGAAAUUUCCUACAUCAAGAUGUUUUUAAAUGGUGUAUAUUUUAUAUUAAAUUUUUUUGGGAUGUAUGUAAAAAAUAUUUGAUUUGUAUUAAAACUUGUAAAUUGUAUUAAAAAAAAAAAAAAAGGAAACAAACCCA